UAGACUAUCAACUUGUUGCCGGUGCACAUCUAAACUUGGCCAUUGGACGCGCAAGUGUUCAAUUUUUCUGCCAUUAAUUCCAUACAGCCAGCACUGCAGAUAGGAUUAAUAUCACCCGAAACCACACCGACUGGAUUUUUUCUCGCUGUUUCAUAGUUAAAAACAUCCGUUUUCCGACCGCUCCGUGCCAACGGAAUGGGAACCUCGGCGUGAUGAAGAAUUGGAUGAAAUACGGAUCGAUCGGCGUCUGCUUCUGGAGCCUCUUGUUGGUGCUGGUUGGCGUCAGCCAAUUGACAUUUGGAGCUUAUUACAUUUCCAAAUUGCCCAUCUUUAAAAUCGGAUCACCAGUAUGGAUCGGAUUUUUGAACGUCUUGUGCGCAGCCGGUCUGUUCGGUUUGCAUCACAAAACGCUUGGAUUGAAAGACUCCCCGUGGCUAGUUGCUGAUGCCAUGGAAUCGAAUAAGAGAAAGCGAGGCCUUCCGAAUGGCUCGAUCCACCAAUCCAUUGCCGAUCUUACGGCUCCCACUGUUCAGCCUUUCCAUUUGUAUUGGUCCAUUUUUAUUUGCGUCAUCACCAUUUUCAUCAACAUCGGAAAUGCCGUUAUCUGUCAAGUGGGAGAAUGGCAGCAUUGGAUCACUCCUACAGAACGGGAUCAACUCCAGACCAACUUAAGUGUUUUGGCAGUUCAAGCUCAUCGCGUGACGGUGGCCCAGAUGAGCUUGGCCAUUAUCAUCGGAAUCUUUUGCACGGCGCUUAACAUCUGGUUAGCGUACACGCAGCGCAAGAGCAAUAAAGAUCCGGCUAUUGAAACGGGACAGUCGAUCCAAUCAAAUCGAACGGUGACGAUCGAUCAGGCAGCCAGUGGAGCUUCAACAGCGUCGGCCGGCAGUACUCAGCAGCGUCAAGGCAAAAUAUCUUUGAGGGGAAUCAGCCCAGCUGGAUACGACAAUCCUAAUUGGGUAUACGGAGAGAACGGUAGUAGCAACAGCAGUGGCAGUCAAGGUGUCCUCUUAAAUCCGGAGCCGGAAAAUAGCCGUCAGAGACCUGUUUCUGUUUCGAUCAUUUCGGAUUCCGGAGGAGGUGGAUCAACAACGCGUUAUGCCACAAUCCGUCGAGCGCCCAGCAUCUUAAUGGCUUUGCCGCCAGAGCUUCAUCAUCAACAGAAUUUUCCUCCGCCACGCCCCAUACAUUUGAAAAGCGCGUCCUUCCGUUUCGGUGGCGAACGCGAUCCGGUAGUCCAGCGGCAGAGUAGAGCAGCCGCUAAGGUCAGCCGGAGUAAGACGAUGCGCGAAACAACUUUCAUGACAUCACCGCCAUGUUACAAUGGUAGACCGACGUUUGAAACGACAACGCAGCACACGUUCGCCCAGCGUUUUCAAUCCAGCCUGGAUGGAAAUUCGGCUCUGAGUUUCGUUCACGAUACUACAGCGGAAGAGGAAGAAGAAGCCACCGGAGGCAUCUCAGUUGCAUCAACCGCUCCGGUGGCAGAUUACCCGUUAGCGGUUGAUUCGCCGCGGCCGAAAGCGCCGAUCCGAUCGACCAAAGUUGAAAACGGGAUGCAAACCACCGUGGAGGCGGAUGUGAUGCAACACGGAGAAGACGACGAUGAAGAUGAUGAAGAAGAUGAAGAAACACCUCCGGCAAGGCUAUCAGCCGUUCGCCAUCAGGUCCGCAGCAGCGACAGGAUCAUCCUCCGUGUUGAAAGCUUCCGCACGUUGCAAACAAAUCCAUCGAGAACUUCAACCCCAUCAGCUUCGUCGGGCCAACGUCCUCAUCCAGUGCGGAACAACAGCAAUGUCAAACGCGUCUCCAGUUCGACGCAGACGGAUCUGUCUGUUUUGAAGACCAGCAGCAGCGGCUUCAAUUCGCCUGACGGCCAGGGCCAGCAACGUGUGAAACGUUCUGUGCUCCAGCCACACGGCCAGCAGUAUCCGGUUUCUAACGCCAAAGUCAAACAAGGUGGCGGAGUUUUGUCCACCAGUCAAGCGUCUACUGAAACGGCCACGAUGCCUCAAAUUUCUCCGGUAGAGUCCUCUUCCGGCUACAGCUCUCCGCGUGGAACAGAAUCCAAAUCACCGACGCCCGAGCCGACACUCGGAAGCGGCCAGCAAGAUCAACAGGAGCCUGCGUUGGCAACAUCUACCCCAGCUCCUGCCAAUGUCACGGUCAUCCAGAUCGAUCCCAAGCCAGUCAUAAGCAGCAAUAAUAAGAAAAACAAAGAGUUCCAUCCGCGCGUAACCGAUGUUACGUACGCCAUUCCGCGUAAGCGAUCGGAGCGCGGAACUCCAACUGGUCAAAACGAGUCGACCUCUACGACACCGGAUCAGAGUUUCCAGGUGAGCAUCCAGUCGAAACCAGUCAGUAGAUCCGUUUCGUUUCACCAUUUGUCACAAGCCGGAAGAAAGGCGGUUUAUGGUAAUGAGUGGCUUAAUGCCAGUUCCCUUUUGGGUAAUCAUUUGCCACCGUUGGCCGUGAUGAGCAUUCCGCGUCCGGCAUUGCGCAGCAGCUCCCACCAGCGCUAUUCAUCGCCUUCGGGCACCACACGUCGGGCAAGUAGCAGUUCCAGCAAUAUCAAUUCAGGUGCGUCUCAACAUCUUCCGCCUUCCGGAUCGAGUCUAAGUCGAUCGACGUCAAUGUAUUUGGCAAUGUCGGAAAUUCAGCGCAAAUUAGAUUUGCUCCAGGUGCUGGAUACUCGUCAUCACUUGUCUGUACCGUCGGCUCUUAAUUCCGAUGUCGUGCCCGUCCAUCGUGAGUCGCAGUAUGUCAAUCACAGCUACGAUGAUUUUUAUUCGGCAAGUCCUUCCCAUCAUUCGGAGGGUGGUUCCAGGCGGAUGAGGAGCAGGUCAAACAGUAGCAGCAGGCAACAGCCUGCACCGCAACCACCCCCGCCACCUCCUCCACCGCCUCCGCCGCUUCCGUCAGUCGACCUGAACGACUCACUGGAUUCGGCCAAAACUUUGGCUUAUCUUUCCGAAUUGGAAAUGUUGGCCAGGCAUUGGCGAACGCAACUGUUGUACAAAGUGGAGUUAAAAUCGCCUAGCAAGAGAAUGGGCACUGUGCUGGAAAAUGAUUCUUUCCAAUGCUGAUCCAACAAUAAAGGAAGAAUUUCUUUCUUUUCGUUUUGUUUUUUCAAGGCGGAUCCUUCCUGCCCUCGAAGCUCUCCCUCUUCCCUCUGCCUUACGAACCAAAAAAGAAUCCAAAGUAUUACCAUAUAUUUAAAAAAAGGAUAAAAGAAAUGUUUAUAUACAGUAUAUUAUGUAUUCCCAGCAACAUUUGUCAGACACACACACUCACAAAUGAAGUAGCUUAUUCCCUCGACUUUCAUUUCACUUGUGUACCUCUCGAUCAACCCGAGGUUUUGGGUGGAUAUUAUCAAACUAUUAUUUUGUAUCGAAAUUAUCUUGUUAUGUGUACCGAUUGACCUAAAUUUCACCAAUAACAAUUCCUUGAUUUCGA